CACACUGUGUAAGGAACGCCCCGAAUUGCAGUGUUCUCAGGUUUCAGGCCUUUUGGGCGGGUUUUAACUUGGCAUUCAUUCGUAUAGUUGAGCUAGAACCUGGGAAGCCAGCCCGACCGUCAGCCGUCACGUUUCCUGUGCUCACAGUCCGCAGAAAUAGAGUAUUUGUGGAGCUGUAGCCACUCUUGUAUCCGGGAGAUACCUCUGUUUUAACGCAAGACAAUUCAGCCUCGUCCAUAUUUCAGGUUGAGGAGGGUUGGAGCACACCUGACAAAAUGGUGACCAUUCCGGAAUACUAUGAGGGGAAGAAUGUGCUUAUCACGGGGGCGACAGGCUUCAUGGGAAAGGUCCUGCUAGAGAAGCUGCUGCGGUCUUGCCCUGGAAUCAAAGCCGCGUAUGUUCUGGUCCGGCACAAAGCAGGGCACGCUCCCCAGGCCCGUAUCGCUGACAUGAUCAACUGCAAGCUUUUUGACAGGGUACGAGAUGAGCAGCCAGACUUUGCUGAAAAGAUAGUGGCUGUUAACAGUGACCUCACCCUGCCAGAGCUGGACCUGAGCACAGAGGACCAGGAAACGCUUGCUGACUGCAUCAACGUAGUCUUCCACUGUGCUGCAACCAUCCGAUUCAACGAGCCUCUCAAAGAUGCUAUGCAGCUGAAUGUUCUAGCCACCCAGAAGAUGGUGGCUCUGGCCCACAGAAUGAAGCACUUGGAGGUGUUUCUUCACGUGUCCACAGCCUAUGCCAACUGUGACCGGACGCUCAUUGAGGAAGUGGUUUAUCCACCUCCUGUUGACUACAAGAAACUCAUCGACAGCCUGGAGUGGAUGGAUGAGAAACUGGUCUCAGCGAUGACCCCAGGGCUGAUUGGAAAAAGGCCCAACACGUACACCUACACCAAGGCCAUGGCUGAGUACCUGGUCCAGCAGGAGUGUGGAAACCUCAACGUGGCCAUCAUCAGGCCCUCUAUAGUAGGGGCCAGUUGGAAAGAGCCCUUCCCAGGCUGGAUUGAUAAUUUCAAUGGACCUAGUGGAAUAUUCAUUGCAGCAGGAAAGGGGAUCCUGCGCACCAUGAGAGCAUCCAACAACGCAGUGGCUGACCUGGUGCCUGUGGAUGUGGUCAUCAAUACCACACUGGCUGCCGCCUGGUACUCUGGCUCCCAGAGACACACCAGGCCUAAGAGCAUAUUGGUGUACAAUUGCACGACAGGUGGCAUCAACCCGUUCCACUGGGGUGAAGUUGAGUACUGUAUAAACAUGACCUUCAAGACCAACCCCUUAGAGCAGGCUUUCAGGCGCCCCAAUGUUAACCUGCGGUCCAACCCCUUUACCAAUCAGUACUGGACCACAGUGAGUCACACUCUACCCGCCCUGCUGUAUGACGUGUAUCUCAGGGCCACGGGUCAGAAGCCCCGGAUGAUGAAGACCAUCACGCGGCUGCACAAGGCCAUGAUGGUGCUGGAGUACUUCACCAGUCACUCGUGGGUGUGGAACACGGACAACGUCACCAUGCUGAUGAAUCAGAUGGGCACUGAUGACAAGAGGAUGUUCAACUUUGACGUGCGGCAACUCAACUGGGCAGAGUACAUGGAGAACUACUGCAUGGGUACAAAGAAGUAUGUCCUGAACGAGGCUGAGUCAGGUCUGCCAGCCGCACGCAAACACCUCAACAAGUUGAGGAACAUCCGCUAUACAUUCAACAUGGUCCUGGUCGUGUUCAUCUGGCGAGUGUUCAUCGCGCGGUCCCAGAUGGGCAGAAACAUCUGGUACUUUGUCGUCAGCCUCUGCUUCAAGUUCCUGUCCUACUUCCGAGCGUCCAGCACCAUGAAAUACUGAGGCCACGUGGCGUGUUCACCCUGAACCUAUCCACCCUCUCUCCCUCCUGCCCGGCCCGCCUGCGGACAGCUAUGCAUUGGACAAUGCUCUUCAAACCCUGGGACUAUUUUCAGUCACAUCAAAGGGAGCCUUCAGGAUUUUGGCAAUGACGCCCUUUAUCUACUUCCCUAGAGUCAGAUGAGCUUGAUAUCAUUUUUUUAAUGUCUCUACGUGCAGUUUGAAGGAAGUUGAUAACUAGUGUUGACUGGAAGGCUGGUAACUGCUAGCAACGCGAGUAGAUGCCAUACACUUUGUCAUUGCGCUAACGCUAGUUAGGGUUGGCUGGUGAAACUACCGCUUACUUCCUUCAUCCUGGAUGCAGAGACUUAUACAUUUGUAUCCAUGAGUUCAUCUGACUCUGGGGAAGUAGAUAAAGGGCUUCAUUGCCAAAAAAUCCCAAAGUAUCCCUUUAAAGGUCUGACAUACCAUUCAUCCUACUGUAUGUGAUGUGUCCCCUUCCCUCUGCAGUGUGUUCCCUGGUGUGGGAGGUAGUACUGCAUUCAACUGUGAUGUAGUAAGCAUGAAUCCAACCAGACCCCAGGUCCUGUGAUGCUCCCCUUGCACAGUGAUGGUCAGACAGAAUUGUCAUCGAUUUUGCUCAGUUGGUUGUCAUGGUCAUUGAGCUCUGCUUUGCUGACUGCCCCAGCGUGGUCAGGCGGUGGCUUUGACUAACGGUUUAGAUUUUCUUGCUUGAAUAGGGAUGAAGGCACCCAUGUGCUCUAUGCUUGCUGGUGGCAAUGACUAAUUCCCAAUGACAUGAUCAAGCACAAGUUAGAUGGUAAUGAGAUGGCAUUUUUUUACUGUGCCUAAAAGGUUUUGAUUAUCUUGCAUCAGCUGUCCUUGCAGAGCUCGCUUUUUAAUUUUUUUCUCUCCCUAUGUUGCAUUUAAGCCAUUUCUGACUGGAGUGUCUGCUUAUGAUUUCUGACCCAAAUACCUCUCAUCUCAUGUAGCUCAGAACAGGCAACUGCUCAGAGGACUUGAUGUUGGGGUCGUCUGCUGUUCUUUACAUUGGUUUUUACUGAGAACAGCUUUUAGGCAAAGCUGUGCUGAUCUAUUUAAGUCUUUCCCCAUGUUUCACAAUGUCAUGGGCAUUUUACUGCCUGGAAUUCAAGCUUUGAUUACGGCUUUGCGUCACGUUUUGCCUGGUUUCUAGUUUGGGAUACUCCAUGCAUGGGAGAGAACUCUCCUCUUCCAACCCUAAACUCCUUUUAUCUUUGUCUUGCUAUAACUCUCAAAGGUGGUCUUUAUCCAAUGUUGGCCUGGGUAGGUUGUGCACAUGGGACAUUUUUAAAUGUUUGUACCUCUCCCUUUUUUAAAAAUGUUUUCUUGUACAUAUUGUCUAAGAUGUCAGACUGACAGCGCACUUUGUGGUUGUACAUUGUAUGUGUCCAUUUGCCAUAUAGUUACUUAUACCUACAAAACUCUAUUUAGGUCGACUUCAAAUCUGACUUACAAAGUAUUUUUAUGCUAUUAAAAUGUUUCAUGACUUUUUAUUUACUAAAGAAAAAAGCUUGAGGAAACUAAUCCAACUGAACCUACUUCAGCUGCUGUAUACCAUUUUACAUCUGUGAUUUAUUGCAUCAUGUUGGAAACUGUUGUCAGUUCUUUUUAAGUGUACAAUGUUUCUGAAUGUAGUAGUUAACACAGCUGGACUCAUUGCACAGCUCACUAAAAAGCUACCUAUGAUUCCUGAAUCCAAAUUAAGUUUACUGUAGUGGCUUGUAUUUGAAUAUCGAUGAACAGGUUGUCAUGUCCAUUGUAAUAACUGUUUUGAGCAGCACAUGUUGAAUGGUAUCCUUGCUUUUGUCGUCCCUUUUUCCUUGUGGUGUUGGAUUUGAAGAAUUUAGUGUGUAACAGUUGUUUAUUUCUGCUAUGUGGCUUUGCUAUUCGUACUGUAGUAUUGUUACACUUGUGAAGCAAUGGAACAGCAAAUUCGGGGUUUAUGAACUUGCCGUGCCAGUGGUGAAGUAAGAGAGUGGAGCAGACCCUCUACUACUUCAUAUUGUUAGGGAUCCAUGUUACUGGGUCAUUCUAAUGGUCUUUAUAUUGCACAUCUCUAACAUUUACAUUCGUUCUGGUUUUACAGCAUAUCACAAUGCCCAUCUGGACUGACAUAUGAUUUAACAUAUUCCUCUUGCCUUUUGUCUGCCUGCCAAAUCUUUGUAUUUUGUUGUCCUUUUCCCUCUUAUUUUACAAUGUAGUCUUGCAGAAAGAACUGUCCUAUAAACCAAUUUGUUUGCCAUGACCCUCACUGAAGUCUCCCGAGGAUGCGCUCUACAGUUUGAGGGUUUUAAAGUAAUUGCCACUGUAAAUGUAAAAAUAAUAAUCAAUGGGUGCCUUUUGUUUGUAAACCAAAAAAGAAGGAAUAAACUGUUAAAUCCUC